GGCGAGGCGAGGCGAGGCGAGGCGAGCGGGCGGGGGAGGGCGGUCUGAGCGAGGCGACACACACACACACACACACACACACACACACACACACACACACACACACACAACCCAGUCUUCCCCGCCGCGACGCUACCCACCAAACCUUCUCCCCUUCCUCCCUAACCCAACGUUCACAGAGGAAGACAAACCCGCUGAAGAAACACGAAAGGACCACAUCGAAGUACAGACAUGGGGACCUGAACACCCCAACACGCGAACACACCAACACACUGACACAUGGCGGCUAAAAAGUGGUGUCUUCAGGAGUCGUGGGAGUGCGAGUGCGUAAGAAGCGUGAUGGCAAGGCUUCCUGUAGUGGCUGCGGCAGGAGGGACUGUGGCGGGGCUUGCGGUGGAGGCCCUGGCGGUGGUGGAGGGCGGGCGGGUGUGCAGGCGGCCGCGGCGUGAGGGCGGGCGGUCGUACGUGUGUCGUGUGUGCGAGCGAAGGUUCCCCCGCGCCUACCUCCUGCUGGUGCACGAGCGGGCCCACACGCCCCUCACCUGCCCCAUCUGUGGCCGCACCUUCCGCCGCUCCGAGCACCUCAGGAUACACAGGGAAUCACACGGAGGAAGCAAGAGACCCACGUAAGGGAGACUCCACCUCAACCUCGACGCCUCCACCUCCACCUCCUCCACCUCAAGACGGCGACGAGAGCUCCUUCAGGACAGACAAAGACCACCACCACCACCGCGACCAUUACUGCCUAUUACCUCCACUACCACCACCACCACCACCACCACCACCGCCCCAUCAACACCACUUAAUCCUCCCCGCAACCACCUUCACCGCAUCCUCAACUCCCUCCGCCACCUGAGAAACCACCAUUUUCAAGCUCCUUUCACAUCCAGUAACACCACCCACUCCCCCCUCCCCCCUCCCCCCCCAAAGCCUCCCUCCUUCGGUGUGCGCCCUUCGUCUUCGUCUCCUUUACCUGUCGCCUCACCUGUCUCCUUCACCAUCACCUUAACCACACCGAUCUCACCUUAACCACAUCACCGGCCACACUCUCUCCGCGGCGGCCACACACACACACCCCUCACCUCGCCUUCCCCCCUCGUUCCCCCCCUCCCCCAGGGUCACUAAUACCCCCUUAGACCCGCGUAAACCACCGGCGAACCACGAGAGCGUUCUUUGAUACCCCGAAGCUGUCCAUAUAACACUCGCAUGCCUUCAAAAUCACCCCAACCCGCCCCGGCCCGCCCCAGCGCUGCCCCGGACGUGUGCAGCCUCGCCCCGGCCACCCUGCAGCGCCUUGACGGGGAUAGCAAUUAGUGCGGGGGCGGGGCGGCGUCGGGGCGGCCUGAGGACCCCCGCAAGAGGCGCUCCCCUGUAAUUACGGGCGAAUUACAAGCCGGAGCCGUCGUCCGCUAAGUGGGUUCCCGCGUGUUUAUUGUGGCUGCAGGCGCCCACGGAAUGUGCGGCGGAGGAAGCGGCGUGUGUGGAGCCAAGUGGAAGUGUGGAGGGAGGUGGAGGUGUGAAGGGAAGAAAGUGGAGUAAAAAGAAGGGAAAUGAGACUGAAAAGUAGAGAAAAUGGAAAUGCAGAGGCUGAGUGGAAGAAAAAAGGUAGUGUGGAGGGUGGUGGAAGAAGUGGAGGUAAAAGGAGGUAAAUGAGGCUCGGUGGAGAUAAGUGGAGGAGAGUGGUUGUAGAGAAAAAUGGGCUGGAUACGAUAACUAUGAACCUGAUGUGUGGAAGAUAGUGGACUUAAAGGAAGGGAAAUAAUGUUCGGUGGAGUAAGGUGGAGCAAAGUGAAUGUUGAAGAAAAGCGGCUGAAAGAAGGAACUAUAAACCUAAGCGAGUAUGUGUGUGUAGAGAGAAGUGGAGAUGUGGAGGGAAUUAAGUGGAGAUGUGGAGGGAAUUAAGUGGAGAUGUGGAAGGAAGUGGAGAUGUGGAGAAGUGAUGAUGUGGAGGGAGGAGAUGUGGAGAAGUGGUGAUGUGGAUGGAAGUGUAGAUGUGGAAGGAGGUGGAUAUGUGGAGAGAAAAGUGAAGUUGUGGAGAAAAGUGGAGUUAAAAGGAGAGAAAAAAAAAUGAGGUUACGAGGAAGCUUAGGAGUACAUGAACUAGAUAGAAUGUGGAAGAACCUGAUAUGUGGAGAGAGAAAAAAGUGGAAGGAAUCAGGAGCAGCAAAGAAGAUGGAAGCUGAAGAUAACUGAUAAAAAAAAAGUGGAUUAGAUAUGCGAGAAAAAAAAAAAAGAGAUGAAGAACAAAAUACAUGACCGUUCUGAUGAUACAAGAAAAAUGAAAAAAAAAUAAUAAAUACAAGAAAACGGAGCUGAAGAAAAUGAAAUAAAGUAAAACAGCAAACAAUACAUACAUGAUAAUAAAUACAUGACCGUUCUGAUGGUACAAGAAAAAAGAAGAAAAAAUAAUAAAUACCAAAAAAUGAAGCUGAAGAAAAUUAAAUAAAGAAACACAAUAAACAGAAAAAAAAAAAACGAAAGAGGAGAAAACCAGAGAAGAAAAAGAAUGUUGAUGCAAGAAUGAGAACGUAACUAAAAAAUCUGAUGAAAGUGGAAGAGGCAAAACAAGUAGAAGAAAGCGAAGGAGCUGAAGAAGAGUGAAUAUCGGAUGAACAAAGAAAACAAAACAAAUGACAAUAGGAGUAAAGGAUGAAGAAAGAGACCACAAAUAACAGCAUGAAUAAAAAGGAAGGAAAAAGGAAAAAGAAACCGCGAUCACACGAGCAACAAAUAAAAAAAAGAAACCCCGAAGGAAAAUACGAACUGACCAAGAAAACUCAGGACAAGAAAGAGGAAAAAGGAGAAAAGGAAGAAGAAAACAACAUAACAAAUAGAGAAAAAAUAGACGAAAACAAAGAAACCGCAAAGAAGAAAAUGAACGAAGACAAAACAAGAUAGAAAAAAAGAAGGGAAAAGGGAGAAAACAACACAAAAACAAAGAAACAGCAAAGAAGAAAAAUGACCGGAGACAAAACAAGAUGAAAGAAAAGAAGAAAAGAGGAAGAAAACGAGGUGAUAAAGGGAGAGAGACAGGAGACAGUAGACGUAUUGAUAUGUAAACAAUAAAGCAACAUAUACAGAAAGAGAGAAGGAGAGAUAGAGAGAGAGUAGAUCACCCGAUAAAAAGCAACAGAUGAGGAAGAAGGAAAAAUAAAGAAACAAGAAUGAACACAGAUGAAUGAAUACUAAAAUAGAGGAAGUAAUGGAUGUGAGGAAGAAAUGAAAGAAAGAAAUAAGAACCAGCCGAUAAAUUAGUAUAAAAAACGAUAAUAAAAAAGGUAAACGCUAGCAGACUGAAAAAAAAAAGAAUAAAAACAGAAAAAUUACUACAAACAAUAUAUCUCACUUUAUAUUGAUACUGUAUUGCUGCAAGGUGGUUCAAAACUAUCAUUACCGUUUUUUAUCACUCUGGCAUAAAAAAAAAAAGGAAAUUGGAGCAGACGGAAAAUUUAUGAUCAAGAUGCGAUACACGUUUGAUAAGUCCUUGAGAGUUACGAAGACAGGUAAGAUGAUAACAGGUAAAGAAGAAGAAAAAGAGGAAUAAAAUAGUAAAGAAAAAUACGAAUAAAUAAAAAAAUGAUGAAGAAAAAGAAAUGAAGAUAAUGAAGAAAAUGAGGGAAAAGGAAAAGAGGAAGGAAACAAGAAGAAGAAGAAAGAAGAAGAAGAAGAAGAAGAAGAAGAAGAAGAAGAAGAAGACGAAGAAGAAGAAGACAACGAAGAAAAUAAGAAAACUAAAAAUAUAAUGAAGAAGGAAAAGACAAUUAAGAAAAUAAGAAAACAAAAAGAUAAUGAAGAAAAGAAAAUGAAGAAAAUGAAAAAAAUGAAAA